AAUGUUGGUGAAUGUUUAAUAAUCGAAGCUUGUCUGAAAACACGUCUGCUGUCAUUAGUUUGAUAAGAUAAAAUAAUAUGGAGAUUAUAUUUGCAUAGUGAUAAAGUAUGAAAAUGGGAUAAGUUAUUAGCAAACAAUUAACAUUGCAAUAUUAAAAAAUAUUUUAAUUCUAUCCAUAAUGGAACAUUUUGGCUUUUCUCACAUAUUAUACGAGCCAGAUAAAUAUAGUCCUGAUACAUUGGACUUAUUAAAAGAUGAAGAAGCAAGAGAAUACUGGCUCAAUACGUGCGAAAAACUCGUUGAGAAAUAUGUAAAUUUUGCAUUAACAAACAAUGACGAUCCUACAGUGGAAAUAAGAGCUUUAAAAUUUAAAACUUGUUACGUGGAGGCAAUAAAAGAACUUCGGGUAAACCCUCUUGCUCAUGGGCAAUUGACCAUAAGAUUGCUUCUUGACAUCAACGAAACAUGCCUUCGUUCUCAGGGGUUCUUUGAUUUAUGGAAACAACAAAAGAAAUAUGAAAAUGACACUGCUCUUGCUGGCCUCCGAGCGAGACUAAAUGAAAUUGAUGCUUUACCAACCGAGAGAGAAAGAUGGACAGAGAUUUGUCGGGGAGUUCUUGCUGGUAAUAUGUUUGACUGGGGUGCUCAAGCCGUUGCAGAUAUACUCGAUUGUGGGCUUUAUGGUGCUUUGCAGAAGAUUCAAAACAGGCCAUGGUUAUAUGAUGGGUUAGACAAAUGGCUAGAGAAAUUAGAGAAGACAGUGCACCAUUGUGCAGCUGUAUUUGUGGACAAUAGUGGAGUUGAUAUAGUCUUAGGCAUUUUGCCAUUUAUAAGAGCUUUAUUACUUAGAGGCACCUCUGUUAUACUCUGUGCAAAUGAGUGGCCGGCUCUCAAUGAUAUUACCAAUGUGGAAUUGGAAGAAGUUCUGCGGCAUGCUUCCCUCAUUUGUCCUGUAAUAUCUUCUGCUAUGGCUUCUGGAGAUUUAGUUGUAAGAUCCAGCGGACAGAGAGGGCCAUGUCUUGAUCUCAGAACUAUUAGUGUAGGUUUAUGCGCUGAAAUGAAAGUUCGAGGAGUAGACUUAAUAAUAUUAGAAGGAAUGGGACGAGCUCUUCACACAAACUUCAAUGCUCGUCUUGCUGUAGACUCAUUGAAGUUGGCUGUUGUGAAGAAUGCAUGGUUAGCGCAGCGUCUCGGCGGACCGUUAUUCUCAGUUAUAUUUAUAUAUGAGGAUAAACCGACUGUAACAUAACAUCAACAGAUUUUAAUGUCAGCAAAUUGAAUUACCUACUUGUCUCUGUCCAACUGAAUCUUUUAACUUGGUAAUGUUUACCUUUGUCAUAGUUUCUUAUCAAACAUAACGAUCUGUACCAAUGUGUUGAUGGCAUUUUGUGGAAUAUAUUGAGUGUUACCCUGAAAA